ACUCAAUGAUGGCUGAAACUCUCUUUUUAGAUAAACACGUACAUUUAAGUGACGAUUACAAUGGAAACACAGAAAACAGAUUCAACUUAAAACCAACAUCAGAACCAAACUAUUAACACGUGGAGGUGGAUUUUGGUCUGAGUCAGCUGGUUUGGUUUGUAAAUCAACUUGAGGCUGUUUUAGCUGCAGAAUAUUUGACUGUCUGAAGACUUUUUUUUGGUGCAGUUAAAGGUCAUUUUUAUUUCUGAAGAAGAAACUGCAGGCCUUCAUAAUUCAUAAUAAUAUGUUCAUAUUUUUCAGAAGCAGAAACCUCGAGCAGAACCGGGCCCGGGUUAAAGACCACAAUAUAAACUAGUUCGUGUCUUCAAACUGCUCAUAAUUACGUCAGAACAGUCCCAUAUAUCAACAUACUCCGUGUACACAUCUGUGGAUCAUAUAACUGUGACGUAAGGACGUUUUUUUAGACAGAAACAUGAAAAAUCAGAGCUCAGCGACAGGCGCGUGCAGGCGAGCCUUCACUCAUGCGGCAUUCGUGUGGUGUCGGAAACAUCAUAACUCCCCCUUAGCGAACGUUAAACUGGCAAAUAAAUAAAUACCGACACUUUGCUGAUGCAGUUAAUGUCCAAAAUGGGAUCAGGUGAACGUGUGUCGUGUUGUUUAUAUUGUGUGUGUGCUCUGUGCUCUGAGAACCUGCAGAUAUCCCGGAGAAGGUUUAGGAGGAGGAAUAUGCAACAAGUAAGGGGGAAAUACGAGUUUUUUUUUGUGUCCCUGAAGGUAGCAUCCACCUGCAGCUCGGUGUGAACGGUCCGUGGAGGAUUUUCUGGAACUUGUUGAUUGUUCCUGUUUUAUUCUCCAUGUUGUUCUAACGAGACACGAGUUCGUCCGGAGCUCGUGGACGCAGCUAACGUGGUUUACCGGGGCUGUGUGUCGCGGGGUUUCCAUGGAGACGGAGGAUUAACUGACCUGAACCCGGCUAACGUUAGCGACCGUGAAGUUACCGGUUUGAGGUUGGUCCCCGUUUGUUUUUGUUUGUUUGUUUGUUUGUUUGUUUGUUUUCUCGGGUCGACGGUUAGACACUGUGUCCGGUGUAGCUACGGGAGCCGAAUGAACCCGAGUUUAAAGUUACUGGUGGUUAAAGCUUCGGGUUUCUAUGGAGAUCGGAGACCGACGCGCUAACCAGGCUAAAGCUAAGUAUCCGGAUACUUUACCGUGUAACGGCCCAGUUUAACCAGGUUACUGGACCUCAGCUUCAACGGGUCAGCUCCUGAAAGACCAGUUCAGUGUCUGAGUAACUGUAACGCAGUUUCCUGUGAAGUAAUAGAGUACUUUUACUCAUGUACUUCUCCUCGUGCUUCUUUAUACUUCACUACAUUUGUCUGACAACUUUAGUUCCUUUACAGAGUAAUCUCUGUUAUAAACUGUAAUCGAUCUGUCAGCUGAUAGAAAUGAAGUGAUUGAUUAGUUUUAGUAAUAUCCGGAGGAAAAGUAACUUCUUCCAAACACACACAGUGAAGGCUGAAGUAUCUCUCUCUGUUUUAUGAACCAAUCGAUCGAUUAAUCAGUAAUCAGCUGGUUAAUCAGUAAUGAAAAGUAAUGGAUUACCUCCACCUUGACAGGAAUACUUUUAAUACGUUCACUACAUUUUCCUGUGAGAAGUAUUUUUAUUUUAGAAACUUGUCUUAUUUUACUUUCUAUCGACAGACCAGCUGUUCCAGAGAUGGAGGAGCAGAGGGAGGAGCAGAGGGAGGAGCAGAGGGAGGAGGGAGGAGGCGCAGACUCCCAGGACAACAGAGGAGGUAUCAGGUACAUCACAGAGGAGUACCUGUUGAAGGUUUCUGGUUCUCAGUCUCUGGCUCUGGUUCGAUCUUUGAAUCUGUCGUCGACUGGAGACAAACACAUAAAGUUCAUAGAGAACCUCCACCUCUGUCAGCAUCUGCAGGUUUUAAACCUGAACCACAACCUGAUCCAGAGGAUGGAGAGACUGAGCUGUCUGAGCCACCUGAGAGAGCUGCAGCUGACACACAACCACAUCCAGAGGAUCGAGGGUCUGGAGAACUUGUCUGGUCUGCAGCAUCUGAACUUGUCCCACAACAGGAUCGAGCACGUCCCCCUGUGGCUGGGGAGGAAGCUGCGCUCUCUGCACACGCUCCACCUGCAGCACAACCUCAUCACAUCACUGUAUGAGGUGUCCAGAUUGCGUUCUCUGAGCAGCCUAUCAGAGCUCUCCGUGGCAGGAAACCCCGCCUCCUCACUGCCACACUCCCGCCUCUUCUUGCUCUACCACCUCAGGAGUCUGGACAGGCUGGACGACCUGUCAGUCACCCCGGAGGAGAGAGGACACGCCCACCAGCGCUUCGACGCCGAGGAGCUGGAGCGGCUGCAGCGGGAGGUGGACGGCAGCCAAUCAGAGCUGAGCAGGCUGCGGGCGGAGCAGGAGGCCGCGGUGACUCGACUCCACCAGCAGGAGGAGACGAACCGAGCGCUGACGGCUCAGACACAAACACAACAACACACACACACACUGCUGCAGCAAGAACUACACACCAAGACUCAGCUGCUGGAGAAGACGACAGCAGAGUUGACCAGAGCCUUUCACAGACUCUAUGAGCUGGAGCAGGAGCUCACCUUCUAUAAGAUAGACAAGAAGCUGAGUCCUCUGCCGCCCUGCAGCGCACAGGAAGUCGACACCGUGGCUGAGAGUCCGUACAUCGGCAAGGCGCGACACGUCAGGAACACCAUCACCUCCACCACCCGAAACUCCUCCUCCUCCUCCUCCCUACAGACCCAGGAGGCUUCAGAGGUUCACACUGACAUGGAGUCGUCACGCCCCCUGCUGGAAGACUGCAGAGCACAUCAGAGUACAGCAGAGGAUGAACUCCUGCAUCAAACAGAACAGCAGCCAGAAGCAGAACUCACAGUGACAGAGGAAACCAAAACACACCCUCAGGAGGCGCUGUGUCGUCUCCUCAGCAAACUGUCCGUCCUGGAGCAGCUGAGAGACGAAGCUGAUGAGACACGAAGGCAGAUGGACAGACAGACAGAGGAGAGCAGGAGGACAGAGAGAGACACAGAAGAGCUGGAGACACAGCUGCUGACUCUGGACACCUCAGACCCACAACAUGCCCAUGUGACCUCACAGGUGUCCGGGGGCCGGCAGCUGUUGGACAGGAUGAGCAGGAGGCAGAGCGAGCUGGAGGGUCGCCUCGACGACAUGCUGUCACGCAUCGCCAUGGAGACGCAGGAGAUCAAAGAGCUGGAGCAACAGCUGACUGAUGGAGCCUUUAAUCUGUGGAGCCAAACUGGACAUGUGCUGCAGCACCGUGCCUGGGCUGAUGGGGGCGCUGUGCAGCUCAAAAAUGUUUUGCCUGGAGCAGCUGGUAGAAGCAGCAGGACCGGCGCUCAUGGACAGCCCAGCUCUGAGCUCUGUGCUGGGACUGCGCUCUGUCCGUCUGACGCAGAGGAGCCUGGAGCUCUGGAAGAAGAGGCUGACAGAGAAGGAGAGAGUCCUGCUCCUCAAACACAGCAGGGGAGAAGCUGAGCCGGACCCCACAGACCCGUACCCAGAGAUCCACCUGUGCCCUGGGUUCAUAGAGCUCAGCGGCCCCCUACUGAAGCGCACUGACAAAAAAACACUAAGCCUGCACAAGGCCGACAAAAAAACUCUGUACACAAGUUGUGUAAAAACUAUUUUCAAAACACGGCUGUGUGACAGAGCAGAGUGUGUGUGGACUGAGAGGCUGGGCGGGCUGAGCCCACAGUGGAGAACACUUUAUAAACCUCCUGUGAAAAAGAGAACCGGAGAUCUCCAGUGGAGGAUUUUACAUGGUGCUAUCGCAACCAAUGCCUUUUUAUCUGUUAUUGAUCCCAGUGUUGUGAAUGAGUGCCCAUUCUGUGGAUUGACUGAAAACAUCUUUCAUGUUUUUACUGAGUGCAGGAGACUGGCAGAGAUUUUUAACGUUUUAACUCGUGUUUUUAACCUGUUAACAGAAAAAGCAAAGUGUCAACUCCUGAACUUUUUAAUUGGUGAAGCCAAAAUGUCAAUCUACCUGACUCGUAGAGACAAACUACAGGGUGGGCCGAUUACUGACGCUGUGACCCUGUGGAAGCUCAACGUGAAGACUGAGGCUGGAGUUCAGCUUCCACAGGAUCACAGGGAAUAUAGAUGUUUGAACAGCAAUGGGCUCAUGAGGAGCUGCUGUGCAGAGUGACCGGCACAGAGCUAAUAUUUACACCUUUCCUCAACUGAUUUGUUGAUCGUACAACUGUCCAUGUGAUUUUUAAACCAAAUGUAAAUAAAGUACUGUUAAAAAAU